AUGGCUACUGUUACUGGGCACUACCAACCUGCUGCUCUGCCAGCAGGUUACAAAGCUCACUGGAAUACGCAAUACAGCGCUUGGUUCUACGAGAAUAUAUACACAGGAGCGUCUGUAUGGGAGAAACCAAUUCAACCCGCGAUCCCACCUGUAUCACAAGCAAGUCCACCGGCUGCACCACCACCAGGAUAUCAAAAUAGUACAAGUGAAAACAAAAACGAUGCUUCUCUUCAAACGGCGAUGGCAAAUGUCUCAUUGGGGCCCCAGAAAGAGGUUCAGCAACAGUCUAGUUACUUUCCUGAGACUCACAAACCUCAAGCUUAUAAUCAGUAUCCUCCCGCAGCGGCCACCAAUGCGCCAAACCACCACCAGCAGCCUUCAUAUAGUACAUCACAAGCUCAGACUUAUCAACAAGCUAACCCAAGCACUCAAACGCCAGUCACCCAAGCAUACAGUGCUCAGUCGCCGACAAACCCUGUAGUGCAACAGCAGGCUACCCCGCAAGGAGGUUAUGCUGGACAAGGACAACCUGUAUAUCAGACACAUACACCUAUAUCCGUUACAUCACCCGUUCAGCAAAACCAAUAUGGACAGCAAGCAACUCCCCAGUCAUAUCAACCAACCCCAUCUCCGAGUGUCAACACGCAAGGAUAUGCUCAACAGACUACUUAUACGCCAGUGUCUACUCCUGGUCAGGUUCUUUCACCACAACCAGGAGCGCCUGUCACAUAUUCGCAACAAACAGCUCCAACUCCCACAACACAAGCUGCUUCAACUCCGGCGUAUGCUGCCUAUCCUUCUCCAGCUGCUACCCCUGGAACGCAACCUCAAUAUGUCCAAACACCUGUGUACGGUCAACAGCAACCGGUAUAUGCUACUCAAGCAACUCCAGGUAUACAGCAGCAGCCACAACAGCCACAACAACAGCAACAAAUGCAACAACCCUAUGCCCAACAACAAGGCUACGCUCAACCAGCAGCCACCGCGGCUCCAAUGAACAACACCAUGCAACCCACAGCAGCUCAAGCAGGACUCGCAGGCGUAGUCGGCGGCGGAAUAGUAGGUGGUCUCGUCGCUCACAACGCAGGCACUCCCCAAUACGCAGUCAGAUCCGGCAGUGUAGCUGCUCCAUCCCCACAACCAGGUUACGGCAUCCAACAAGCAACAACCCCAGGUUAUGCACCCCAACCCGUCUACGCAGCGCAACCAGUCUACGCUACCACUCCAGGCGUACAGCAGCAAGGCGUACCAGUCUACGGCCAACCCCAACAACCCGGCGUAUACCCCCAACAACAACCUCAACUCAUGCAACAACCACAACCUCAAUACGCCGUCGCAGGUGCCGCACCAGUCGCUGUAGGCGCAGCAGCUGGAGCCAAACCCAAACCAGCCAGCAAAGCAGGCGGCCUUGCGCUUCUAGGCGGUGGUGCCGGGUUGCUGGCUGGUGGUGCGUUGAUGGCAGGCAUGAUGAAUAAGGAGACGAAGAAAUUGAAGAAGCAGAUUUUUGGGAAGAGUAGUGGUGGGGGCCAUGGUGGGGGAGGACAUGGAGGUGGUGGACAUGGGGGUGGACAUGGUGAAGGACAACAUGAGGAACAAUAUGCCGAGGAGGAAUAUGAAGAGGAUGGGGGUGGGGAUGAUGGGGGUGGGUGGGGGGAUUUUGAGUUUUAA